GAUCAUGGGUUCUUCUUCUAGAAAUCUUUAUGCAGGAAUUGGAGAAGGUCAAUCAACCUCUAGGCCACCGCUUUUUGAUGGCACCAACUACACAUAUUGGAAAGAGCGGAUGAGAAUUUAUAUCCGCUCAACCAACUUCCAGUUGUGGUUGGUUAUCAAAAACGGCAAAGAAACGCCAAUGAAGAAGUUCGAUGAAAAACUCGUCCCAAAGACCGAAGAUGAAUUUGAUGCCGAAGACAUCAAAAAGGUGGAGAACUACGCCAAGGCAAUCAACAUGCUGUACUGUGCGGUCAAUCCUGAUGAUUAUCACAAGAUCUCUUGUUGCACCACGGAAAAAGAAAUGUGGGACAAGCUGGAAGUCACAUAUGAAGGUACGGGGGAAGCCAAAAUUGACUUCCUAACGCAGGAGUAUGAGAUGUUCAGGAUGAAGGAGCAUGAGAAGAUUGACGAUAUGUUCGACCGUUUCUCCAAGAUAGUCAACAAUCUUCAUGGAUUAAAGAAGACGUACACCGACAGGGAUCUUGUGCGAAAGAUCCUACGAAGCUUGACAUCCGAAUGGCGAUCCAAGGCCGAUGCCAUCUAUGAAUCAAUCGGCACAUCAAAUGUCACCAUCGAUGGCCUAAGAGGGCACAACUCCAACAUUCUUAAUCCGUCUUUGAAUGACCAAAGGAAAGGGAUAGCACUAAAAGCCGUCAAAGAAUCAACGAUGGGUGAUUCAAGUGACGAUGAUGAAGUUAAGAUUGUCAUGAAGAAGUUAUGCAAACUUCUAAGAAAGAAAGAAAAGGUUGAGGAUGGCCCUGUGUGCUAUGGAUGUGGAGAAGCCGGGCACAUCAAGAACAAAUGCCCGAAAAGCGGAAGGAAUGCUCGAUACUUCAAAAGGCAAAGGGCGUAUAUCUCUUGGGGUGGAGACUCCGGCGACGAGUCAACCGACCAAGUUGAGGAUGAAGCUGCCAACCUCUGUCUCAUGGCACACGAAGACCAAACCAACGAUGUACAAGAGGGACGGUCCAAAGUGAAGAAAUCCGGAAGUCAGGGGGAACCAGCGAUGGGUGGGUUAUACCAUCGCUGGGAUGGAAGCUUCUUGCUUUCAAAACCCCUCUUCCCAUCGAUGGGUUAUUGACUCUAUUUUUUUUAAAAAAAAAGGUUAACAGAUUUC